UUGAUCAAACAUUUAGUGUAAAUAUUCGGUAAUUUGUUGUUGUUGUUGUUGACCACCGAUUUUUCGGGUUUCAUGAACACCCGAACUAACCAACGUAUACUCAUAUUGUACGGCUCGCAGACUGGCCAGGCCCAGGCUAUCUCGGAGGAAAUCUACGACCACUUGGCCCGAGGCCAUCAACUGGAAGUAUUGCGCGAACAGGACGGCCAAUUCGGUGGUAUCGGUGUUGACCGACUACCGCUAUCGGCCAUCGAUGACAACGGCGGCAACGGUGUUGGCCAUCAGUUUCAAUUGGAAACCGAACAUACAGUCAUAUUUGUAGUGUCCACUACUGGCGAAGGCGAACCGCCCGAACAAGCGGUCAAAUUUUUUAGGCGAUACCGGCGACGGACUCACCCGCGCGGACUACUCGGCCACUUAUCCUAUACGGUGUUGGCGUUGGGCGACACAAACUACGAACGAUUUGCCAAUUUUGGCAAAGAUUUAGACAAACGUUUGCAUCAAUUGUCGGCCAAACGUUUUUACGAUACGGGUUUCGGUGACGACGCCGUCGGUCUCGAACUGGGAGUCGAACCCUGGAUUGACAACCUGUUCGGUGCACUACUCAAACAUUUUAACGCCUACACCACUGUCUCGAUACCUACCGUUGUUGAGGUCAAAGUCUUACCAGUGAUCGUGGAUCAACUGUCGGGCAAUAUGUCUACCAUUGAGAACUUACCGAUAAUGGUCACCGAAGACCCGAAAUUGUCGCAACUAACCGAACUAACACUACCGUUGAUAUCGAGUAAAUCGUUGGCAUUUCAAGUCAAACUUUGGGAAACACUUCCCGAAAAAUAUCAGCCAAAAGAGUUUCCAUUUCCUUUGUUGCCAGUCAUGGACUCACAGAUAACUGAUUCAACAAUUGUUUCAAUGAGACAAUUGUCGGCCAGUAAUGAUGAUGACAGUGAUGUAGUCACUGAUUACAAGACAAUACUUGAGGCAACCGUUAGAUUAGACGAUAAUAGCAGUGAUGUCAUCGCCUAUGAAGCGGGCGAUUCGUUCGGUUUUAUUAUUGGCAACUAUGAUGAAGAAGUGGAUCAACUAAUCGACUAUUGUUUAGAUCUUCAAUCCGACAAACGUGACUAUUAUUGCCAAAUACUAACCACCGAACUGUUUCCACAUUUACCAUCAAUUAGUAAAGUCAAGGAUCUCUUAAAAUACUAUUUAGAACUAAGAUCUGUACCUAAGAAGUCAUUUUUGAGACAUUUAGCCGAUUUCUGUAGUGAUUUAGCUCACAAAAGACGACUUCUUGAGCUGAGUAGUCGCGAAGGUUCCGAUGACUAUAACAAAUACAUACGAAAUAAUUUUGUCAACAUUUUGGAUAUUCUUCGGCUAUUCGAUUCGUGUCGACCACCGCUAGCGGUAUUGUUGGCCAAUAUUGCUUGUCAUACACCACGAUAUUACAGUGUCUGCAAUGGACCGGAUCCUGAAAAUCGUAAUCAAUUCAAAAUAGCAUUUUCGGUAACCGAAUUCCAGCCAAGAAAUCAGCGUAAAGACAGUCAACUAUUGGGUGUAUUUACUGGACAGUUGUCGAGACUUUUUAAUCGGCGGCAAAAGUCAAGUACCGUUGAUAUCGGUGGCGGCGAUAUUGCCGAUCAAUUGACAAAACUAUCGCUCGAAUCGGACCUGAGGUGUCUUAAAGUAUUUAAACGCAAGAAUCCAUAUUUCAAAUUACCGGCAACAGUGUCGACACCGAUCAUAAUGAUUGGUUCGGGUACUGGUGUCGCACCGUUUGUCGGUUUUCUUGAACAACGACAACUAGUUGGCCGCACUCAGAGGUCAGCGAUUCCUAGUGGCGAAUGUUGGCUACUAUACGGUUGCCGAUAUCGGCGUAAGGAUUACAUAUACGGCGAUCAACUGAAACAGUUUGUUGACGACCGAGUGUUGACACAACUGUGCGUUUGUUUUUCAAGAGAUGUGACGCCGACGACCAUCACUGAUGGCGGCAACGGUGGCGGUGGCGGUGAUGAAGAAUCACCGAAAUAUGUCCAGAAUCUGAUCCAAAAGUACGGACAAUCACUAUACAAAUUGAUUGAUACGAAACGUGCGAUUGUCUACGUAUGCGGUGACCUGAAAGGCAUGUCCAUCGAUGUCUACAACGCUUUCGUGGCCAUUGUCGAGCAAAAUGGUCACAAAAGUCGCGAAGAUUCUGUCAAAUAUGUUCGCCAAUUGCAGUCCGAUCGCCGAUAUUUACAAGAUAUAUGGACAUGA